AUGGACACGCUUCGUAAAUUCAAUUUAAAUUACUGCGAUUUAUCUUCAAUGCUCGAAAAUCUCGACAUUUUGUUAAGAAUCUCCAACGUUAAAAUUAACAAGAACAAUGAUCGCCCUAUCAACAUAAUAAUUCGGCUUAUAUGGGUAAUGAGCAUAAUAUGCUAUUAUUAUGCGUAUGUGUUUUCGAUGUUUUGGUUCGUACUGGUCCAUCAUUUGAAGCACAUAAAAGCACGUGCCUUGAUUGUGUGGCUGGCCAUCACCAUAAAUGCAGUUUUUUAUGGACUGCUGCCAUUAGCCAUGCCAGGACGACAUCUACCAGAGGACAAUCAAGUAAUAUAUGGUCUGGAGCCAAUGUUUGAAUCGCCGAAUUUCGAAAUUGCUUACGUCGUGAUGGGCAUUUGCGUAUAUAUCUGCGCUCUUUUCCUGGCUAAUGUGACAGCACUUAAUUUGGUUAUUCUGGGAUAUGUCGAGGCACAAAUGAUAACCCUCAGUAUUGAGCUUCAAAACUUAUGGGAAAACGCCGAAUCCUUUUGCAAAACUCAUGCAUCAUCGUACAUUCAAGACGAUGUCACAAAGAACAAAAUUAAGAACAUUUUUACGAACGAAUGUUUGAAAGAUAUAGUUCUAUUUCAUAUACAUAACGUUAGUAUUAUUAAAGAGUUUGAAGAUGUAUUUCGUGUUACAAAAGCCAUAGAAUUAAUGUGCAUUAUAUUUUCAAUUGUAACUGAAUUGUUAGGAGGCAUAGAAAACACAUAUCUACAAAUGACGUGUACGUUUGUGUUGAUAUUUAUAGAAAGUCUAGCUGGACAAAAAUUGAUGGAUGCAUCAUGUAUGUUCGAAAAAGCCGUUUAUGAUUGCAAUUGGGAAAAUUUCGAUAGGAGUAAUAUGAAAAUUGUUGCCAUAAUUUUGCCGAGCGCUCAAAAGAUUUUGAAUAUAACGGCUGGCGGUAUGACGGUACUGAAUUUUGCUUGUUUUCUUUCUGUAAUAAAAUUUAGUUACUCUGUAUAUAAUACUCUACGAUUAAAGGUUUGA